GACGCAAGCGAGUUCCGGUUGGCCGGGAUCCCAGCGGCGGGUGUGAGAGUCGGUGUUGAGCAGCUUCUGGGAUCCUGAGGAGCCGCAGCCGGAGUCGGAGUGGGGAGCUCCUCAAGAGUUACUGAUCCAUGAAAUGGCAGAGAAUGGAAAAAAUUGUGACCAGAGACGUGUAGCAAUGAACAAGGAACAGCAUAAUGGAAAUUUUACAGAUCCCUCAUCAGUGAAUGAAAAGAAGAGGAGGGAUCGAGAAGAAAGACAAAAUAUUGUCCUAUGGAGACAGCCACUCAUUACCUUGCAGUAUUUUUCUUUGGAAACUCUUGUAAUCUUGAAGGAAUGGACCUCAAAAUUAUGGCAUCGUCAAAGCCUUGUGGUGUCUUUUUUACUGCUGCUUGCUGUGCUCAUAGCUACGUAUUAUGUUGAAGGAGCACAUCAACAGUAUGUGCAACGUAUAGAGAAACAGUUCCUUUUGUAUGCCUAUUGGAUAGGCUUGGGGAUUUUGUCCUCUGUUGGGCUUGGAACAGGGCUGCAUACCUUUCUGCUUUAUCUGGGUCCACAUAUAGCUUCAGUUACAUUAGCUGCUUAUGAAUGCAACUCAGUCAAUUUUCCUGAGCCACCCUAUCCUGAUCAGAUUAUCUGUCCAGAUGAAGAGGGCACUGAAGGAGCCAUUUCUUUGUGGAGUAUCAUCUCAAAAGUUAGAAUUGAGGCCUGUAUGUGGGGUAUCGGUACAGCGAUUGGAGAGCUACCUCCAUAUUUCAUGGCCAGGGCAGCUCGCCUCUCAGGUGCUGAACCAGACGAUGAGGAAUAUCAGGAAUUUGAAGAGAUGCUGGAAAAUGGAGAGACUCCACAAGAUUUUGCUUCACGGGCUAAACUGGCAGUUCAAAAUCUAGUACAAAAAGUUGGAUUUUUUGGGAUUUUGGCAUGUGCUUCAAUUCCAAAUCCUCUGUUUGAUCUGGCUGGAAUAACAUGUGGACACUUUCUUGUACCUUUUUGGACCUUCUUUGGUGCAACCCUGAUUGGAAAAGCAAUAAUUAAAAUGCAUAUCCAGAAAAUCUUUGUUAUAAUAACAUUCAGCAAGCACAUAGUAGAACAAAUGGUGGCUUUUAUUGGUGCUGUCCCGGGCAUCGGUCCUUCUCUGCAGAAGCCAUUCCAGGAAUACCUGGAGGCUCAGCGCCAGAAGCUUCACCACAAAAGAGAUGUGGGCACCCCACAGGGAGAAAACUGGUUAUCCUGGAUGUUUGAGAAGUUGGUCGUGGUGAUGGUGUGUUACUUUAUCCUGUCUAUCAUUAACUCAAUGGCACAAAGUUAUGCCAAACGAAUCCAACAGCGGUUGAACUCAGAGGAGAAAACGAAAUAAGCAGAGAAGGCUUUUAACUGCAGAAAUUAGGAUGAAUAGGUUAUGGGAGGACCCAUAACCAGGAAGAAAAAUUCUCUUUUCCAACCUGUAUCAAUUUUAAAAACAUUUUUCCUGAAAGCAGUUUUAAGUUCAUAUUUUGCACUGACAUACUUUUCCUUUAUGUGUUAAGGUAAGGUAUCGACCCUCAAUUCAAUCCACAUUUUUUUUUUUAUUAGGGUGAAUGUGAUGUUCAGCCACAAAGUUAACAGAAACUGGCCUUCUGUAUUACUUUCAAAAGGUCUACUUGGUACAAUUGGAGAAUACUAUGUUAAAUAUGUCAAGCUUUUUAGGCUUGUCUCUGGUUUGUUUUUUUCUAAGUCAUCAAAAUGUAUAUAAAUUAUAUAUAGAUUGGAUAUCAGUCUUGCAUGCCUAUCAUGGUACAAUUUAAUAUACCAUCCUACCCAAACUUUCCUUGCCCACCCUUGAAAAAAAAAGGCCAUUUUAUGAUGCAUUACACACCCUCUGGGAGAUUAAUCUUUAAAUUUUAAAACAGUAUAAGGAAAAUCUGUUUGGUGUCUCACAAGUGAGUACACCAUUUUUUAUUCUGUAUAUUUAGAAUGAAGUCAUGAAAAAAAACUUUAUAAAGACAUCUUUGAUCAUUCCAAAAUUGUGUUUGUUUUCUUGAGCGAUAUCAUCUUUUUUCCCCUUUUAGCUUAUAUCAACUGAGGGACAACCUUGCCAAAUCCAACUAUUACCGGGAUUUCUUAAGCUUUAUUUAUUUGCAUGAAAGAGCCAACACCCAGUUAUCUUGUUAUGCUCGAACUGGACUACUACACAUUGCUAAAUGACACCUCUAACGUUGGCCUAGUCUGAGGAUUUGAUGGUUUGUAAAACCCAGGAAAGAAAAGAAAAAUGCUAAUGUACAAAUCACAGGACACUUGAGAAAAGUUACUCAUUUUUUUUAAAAAACACUACACCUUCUCUAAUCUGUUAAUUUUAGCAAAUUUGUACUCCAAUUUUAACACUUUUUUUUUUCUUUGAGAUUUUUUUUCUAUCCAUUUUGUUUAGGGAAAUAAAUGACUUUACUUUUUUUUCCUUUAGGAAAAUUUAUACUGACAUUGUGUCAAAGUAGAAUCGAAUUGGAGAUAAAUUUCAACAAGCCAGAAAUGCUUGGUUUGGUUAUUCAAAUCUUUCCUGAAUGUCUGCUUGUUUUGCCUACCGUCGUGACAUCUCCAUGGCUGUACCACCUUGUCGGGUAGCUUAUCAGACUGAUGUUGACUGUUGAAUCUCAUGGCAACAGCAGUCGAUGGGCUGUCUGACAUUUUGGUAUCUUUCAUCUGACCAUCCAUAUCAGUAUUCUCAUUCAGACAUUUGGUAUCAUGGUUCACAAUCAAAACCUGUGGUCCUUGUGUCUAAUGGCACUUUUGGGUCCUUUUAUGCCAUGAUAUAGCAACAUAUCGAGAAGACUUUGUGGGCAAUAGGGAUAGUCUCCAUGACCAUAGCUAAAUAAAAUAUGCUGCUUUAUCGGUUUUGAAAAGGUUAUUACUUCUUAGCAUGUUUGUUUUUCAAAGACUAGCAUUUUAACUGUUAGUUGAGCCUACUUGAAAAACAGUACCAAAAACUUUAUUGUAGAUUUACAUUAAACAGCAUAAUUUUUUAGAUUGUUUGGUGUUGGCUAAAGUCAGGGCUCCUAAACUGACUUCCAGUUGUGGUUCAUCUCCUUCACCUGCAUUUAUUUCAUGUUUGUCUAAAGAAAGGAAAGAGGAAGUAAAUAUAAAUGGCACCAUGCAUACUAAAUUUUGGGGGGGUUAUCAUAAAUUUGUUCCAGGUAAUGUAUUAGAAAAUCUUUCUUAGGCUAACUGCCUUAGAGCUUCAUUUGACUUAAGGUGACCACUUAUUCACUGUUUCAAACUAACUUGCUUUAAGAAAAAUGAAGAACAGCUCUCUUUCCUUCUGAGUAUUCACUUGUGCUUCACUUGUAUGUUUCUGUUGGAUUCCAGCUCGAGCAAUGUGAUAACCUGUCUUUUCCAGAGCUUGGUUUGUUCCCUUUUUUUCAAUACUGAGGAUUGAACCUACGGUUAAGUUCCCUGGGCAAGGGCUCUCCCAUUUGAGUCCAGCCUAUUCCUUUCUUAUGUUCACUAAGGUAAAUUGAACUACAUGAUCCCAGAAAUAAAUGCACACACUAGGUGGUGGAAAGCAGAGAACUUGCAUGUGGAUGGUUUAAUUAUUACUCUAAAUAAAAGAGGGUUUUGAAAAUUCUGA